AUGGCUCCCGUAUAUAACGGCUUUCUUCAACAUCGGGAAGUUAUUCAACCACCUCACCACCCUAAAGGACCAGGUAGAGCCGUUCCCGUGAACGAACGCAUCGAUUUGAGAACCUUUCUCCUACUUUUUAUCGGAACGGUAUCCAUUUUUAUACUCGGCGUUUUUUACUGGAAGCUAGGAACAUUUCUACGCUCGUUCACACGCUCAAGGGUGACUGGAGGAGGGCGGAGUGCAGCUUCUCAUCACGUUAGAGCCUGGUAUGGAUGGAUUCCUACCAUGGAAUACAGCUAUCAUAAGGAACGAUGGAAGGAGGAGUUUCGUUGGGUAAAGAAGUUUAUGUUUUGGAGAUCUUCUCAUGCGGAUUAUAGUUGGAUAUGGUGGGAUCCGGAUGGGGAGAAAUCAACGCAACGAGCUGAGGAUGAGGGUCGGUUACGGCGUAUCCCUCUGCGAUUGAUGAGAUACGCCAUAACCGGGCUGAGAACCAGCUCCCCGCCACCAAUCAACCCUGAGAUUGGUAGUCCGCGAUUGAACCGCAUAUCUACCCAUCAAAUACACCGCAAACCUAGAGCUAUGAAGUUUGAAGAUCUCAAUAUUCCACGGUGUGGCGAUGUGCGGCUUUCACCCUCAUUGAGGAAACGAUCCAAGUCCUUUGAUAAUAGUGAGCAUGGAGUGGGAAAUGCAGCACGGUCUCGUCAUACAGCUCGCAAAACGCAUUCAGAAGGCUAUCAUGAUGGCUCACCCCGUAUACGAUUUCACUGUCCAAUCACUCAGCCGCUACAUACCGCAAGAAGAUAUAACCAAAGUAGCAUCUUAAGUUUGGGGAAUUCGAUGGAUGAGAUGCCGGCUGAAAAAACACUUUCUUGGAAAUAUAGAGCGUGGGGAGCAAGGAUGCAGUGUCAAACCUUUGGUGACACCCCAGGAACCCUUAAGGGCUAUGCUGGCCGGCCAGGCACCGCAAUGUCGUUUGCCAUCAAAAGCAUGAUGUCAUCAGGGUCUGGUAGCACUUCAGAUAUAUACCAAUCUCAUCAUAGUGAUACUGGAACUCAGCCAGCUCCUCGAUUGCCAAACCACCCCUCACGGGAAAGGAGACAGACACCCAGACCGCGAUUCAGACCUGGGGAAGGCACCCUUCGAAUCCGAAAAUGUCGCGGAAUACGCCGCCGGCCUCCUCUCAAGAACUGCCUAAGCCGCCCUGAAGUGCGUCUAGUUGAUGACUUGGAUAGAAAGCUAGAGUGGUUAUCAAGUGAAAUGGAUCCAGGCCGAAAGUCGUUUGCGUUUCUCCUCCUUCACAAUCAUUGGCUCAACAGGGCUACUUGGGUUGUAAUGGAUCCCUCAUCGAGACUUCCUGUGCAGAAGAAAAGAAUACGGGGUGACCCAAGGGUAAAUAAAAUGGCAUUUGGCAGCAAAAGCAAUGCUGCUAUACCAGACAAUACACCAGUACCAAGAGCCAGAGCAGUUACGCCACGAAUAGACUCCUGGAGAGUAGCAGUUAAUCGCGCAAGGGCGUCCUCUGGAGCUACAGAGAUUCCAAGGGCUGAGUUGUUUGAAGGCUCAGCCGAAGACGCUGCUGAUAACAAUGUUGACCCGGCAAGCUGGAUUCUCAGAAAACCUCCACAGGGGCAUGGAAUGUCAAAAAAGCAGAAACAAGCCUAUUUUGAAGGUCCCGGCGGCUGGUCUGAGAAGCUAGAAUACUGGGAGAAUGUCCCCCGGUUGUAUAGAGCUCGUAGGGUAGUUCUUCAGGGGAAAGCCAACCGUCGAUGUGUUGUUAGAACUGGAAAGGGUUUAUAUCACGGUGCUGGGCGAGUUGCUCGUGAAGCAAGGAAACUUAGUGCCCAGCAAUACCACAGGAUCAGACAGUUCGAGAGGUCUGAAAAGUCAGGCCGGGGAGUUAUAGCCUUACAUCAUUCUUUAAGAAGCACUCUUUCGAGGUCUGCGGUCAAUCUGCAGAUAGCCGACGGCCCAACGCUGCAGCCCCAGAGUACUACUGAUCCGGUGUCGAUGCAUGAGCGAGACGAAGGUUGA